AUUGCCAUGGUGGCCAUUGCCUUCUCCAUCGUGCUCGGUCCGAGGUCGUCGUUCGUCAUGGCUAAUCAAUUGGCAGAUCACGAUCGAAUCACAUCCUUACCAAACCAGCCCAUGACAACAACGAAUUUCAAGCAAUUCGGGGGCUAUGUUACCGUGAAUGAGAAGGAAGGAAGAGCUCUCUUUUAUUACUUUGUUGAAGCUGAGUCUAAGGCUUCUUCUAAGCCUCUUGUUCUUUGGUUCAAUGGAGAUACAUUGGCUGGCUGUUCAUCACUUGGAGGUGGAGCUUUGCUAGAACAUGGGCCAUUUAAAAUUAAUGGUGAAGUUUUAAUUAAAAAUCAUUAUAGUUGGAAUACAGAAGCAAAUAUGUUAUAUGUAGAGUCGCCAGCUGGAGUUGGAUUUUCAUAUUCUAAGAAUAAAUCUUUUUAUUCAAACAUAACGGAUGCUAUUUCAGUUGAAGAUAAUUUUAUGUUCCUACAACGUUGGUUGGAGAAGUUUCCUCAAUAUAAGAAAAGAGAUUUAUAUAUUGCUGGAGAAGCUUAUGCAGGACACUUUGUGCCAUUACUUGCACAGCUAAUUGUUAAUUCAAAUUUGAAGCUCAAACUCAAGGGAAUAGCUAUCGGAAAUCCUCUUCUUGACAUCCAAGUAGACGCCAAUGCCCUUUCCCAGUACUGGUGGUCGCACGCCCUCAUCUCCGACGCUGCCUUCAACCUUCUCACUUCCGUCUGCAACGCCUCUCGUCUCGUCACCGAAGGAAUCACCAAUUCCCUCUCUCGCGACUGCAUCUCCGUCGCCACUAACGUCUCCAAAGAACUCUCUCCCGCCAUUGAUUACUUCGAUGUUGCCGCCGGCGACGCCUGUCCCUCCGCCAACGCCUCGCUCUUCGGCGAUCUCAAUCGCACCGAUCCUCUCCGCUUCACUCUGCUCCAGACCUUCAUCUAUGGCCAGUCUGGACAGAAAGAUCGAGACCCUUGUGCGGGAGAUACUGUAGCAAAGUACUUGAAUCGACAUGAUGUUCAGAAAGCUCUCCAUGCGAAGCUAAUUGGAUUUUCGACAUGGAGGAUCUGCAGAUUUCGGAAAGAAUGGAAAUAUAAUUUGAGGAACAGAUUGGUGCCGACGAUUGGUGUCGUUGGCGCGCUCGUGAAGUCUAAAAUUCGAGUAUUGGUCUACAGUGGAGAUCAAGAUUCGGCUUUACCAUUUAGUGGGACUCGGACAUUGGUGAAUUCACUCGCUAACUCGAUGAAUCUUUGCCCAACUGUGCGCUACAGACCUUGGUUUUCUGACAAAAAGGUUGGAGGUUGGACUGAAGAAUAUGGUAAAUAUUUAUCUUAUGCAAUUGUGAGAGGUGCAUCUCAAAAAACAGCACAAACUCAGCCCAAGAGGUCUCUACUACUUUUCAAGUCAUUUUUGGCUGGAAAACCACUGCCAGAAGCCUGAUUAGAAACAGAAACAAACACACAAAUUUUAUGAAAUAAGAUGUAAUUUUCUUUUCUUUUUUGUGAGUUUGAACACUUAAAGCUAAUGAAUGAAACAAUUGCUUCGAUGUAAAUCUGUCCCAUCACUUCGUGUUUGUAUCAAUCGUGGUUUUAAGAGUAAAUUAUAGAGGAAAGAUGAUACACGAAUCGUUUAUGGAUUA